GAAGCAGCCUCCCCUGCCGAGCAGGGAGCCAACGUGGGGCUCCAAUCCCAGGACCCUGGGAUCAUGACCUGAGCCGAAGGCAGACGUUUCACUGACUGAGCCACCCGGGCGCCCCUAGACAGCAUUAUAGACAUCACCUAGACCAGCGUUCCUAGUCGGGCUGCUCAUUAGGGUUAUCUGAGAUACACUGAAGAGCUGAUGCCCCAUACCCCAUCUCCAGAGAUUCCCAUUCUGAUUGUUGGAGGAUUAGGCCUACACGUUGUUCUUUUGUAAAAGCUCCCCAGAGAUUCUAAUGUACAGCCAGGAUUGAGGAGCAUUCCCCUAGGAUAGAGGUCUUGACUUUGGCAUAUAGUAUAACCACUUGAGGGACUAAUACUAACUGGGUCUGACCCAGGGGUUCGGAUUUAACUGGUCUGGGAGGAGGCUGGGCAUCAGGAUUUCUGAGCGCUCCCCAAAGAAUUUAAUGUCCAUCCCAGUUUGACACCCUGGCCCAACGAUUUCAUUCUGCAGAUGGGAAACCGAAGCCUAAAGACGGGAAUGUAUUCUGAAGUCACACAGCAAAUGAACGAGGGCAGAGCACUCCUUCUCAUACUGCAGAGCACAAAGCACUCACUUCUUUAUUGGUAUCUCUGAUCAUUUGCUUCCAUGACAGAUAAUCUCAUUUAAUGCUCACGACUUCUGGUGAGGAAGUGAGUAUCAUUACUUCCAUUUUACAGAGGAGAAUAUCAAGGAACAAAAUUAUCCAAGUGACUUGCCCAAGGUAGAGGUAAGAACCUAGAAUGUCCAGUUCCUGGUCCAGCACUCUUUUAACCCCAUGCUAUUGUCAUAUACAGGUUCUAGAAUGAACAGGUCAGUGCUGUGAGGUGGGUUCCAGGUGUAAAAGGGAGGGAAUAUAAGGUGACAUUCUAGAAUGGUGGAAGGGGUAGGACAGGAGGCAGAGGACUGUUCCCUCACAAACGGGGGCUUUGGGGCCGCCAUGUCCUAUUUCAUGUCUCCACAAACUCAUCAAGGUCUUCCGCCUUCCAGCCAAGGUGGGGCUGCUUCUCCAGGCUCAUCCCUUGGCCUCUAUAGUCCUAUAGAGCCAGUGGUGGUGGCCUCUGGUGGACUAGGCCCAGUGAGCCAGAAAGCUGAGCAGGUGGCUCCUGUUGCCCAGGCCUGGGGCCCGGCCCUGGCAGUGCCGGAAGCCAGGGGCUGCCCUGGGGGGGCUGGCUGGGAGCCACUGCAGCGGAAGGAUUAUGGCCGAUACAACCACAGAUUCCCCCUCGCAAGGCAGCCGGAGAGCUUGGGCUGGGAGGAUGGCUGCUCCAGAAGCAGAGCUCCCCACCUGGGUGGCCCCAGCAGGCCUGGGCCCCUGCUGCUGUGUGGGCUGUCACCAGGGGUUCUACCGAUGCCCUCUGAGGCAGGGGGGAAGGAGGCCGGCUCCCAGCCUGACAUCUGCAUCCUUACCCUGGCCAUGAUGAUCGCAGGCAUCCCCACCGUGCCUGUCCCAGGGCUUCGGGAAGAGGACCUGAUCCGGGCGGCUCAAGCUUUCAUGAUGGCCCAUCCGGAGCCAGAGGGGGCCGUGGAGGGGGUGCGGUGGGAGCAGGCCCGUGCCCACACAGCCUCUGGGCAAAUGCCCCUCAUGAGAUCCAGGAGAGGCCAGCCUCCUGGCUCCUGCUUGUAGCUGGAUGAAAUAGCACCAGACACACAGGGCAGCUUCUUGGUAUGGUUUUUGGGCGGACAGAAUUGGGAGUGCCUGUGACACGGAUGGGGAUAGCGUGGUGGUAUGAACCACUCUUGUCAAUACAAGUCUUUCAUCAGGGCCCAGACCCAGGAACUUUCUCCAGAUGCCAGUAAGUCAGGAGACGGGACUUCUCAGAGUAGUUACAAUGAAAAUCACCUGAGGUAGGGGGCCCGGCUUGGAGUGGAGGCCUCUUUUGUCUUGUUUCAGGAUUUGAUCAAGAUUGUGGUGCAAAGUCCUAGGCAACGUGAAUUUUCCUCUUGCCUGACAUUUCCCAGCCAGCUGAGGGCAAGUAAUGGGACCGGUGUCAAGGAAGGAAGAUGAACACUUGAGCGCCCACUGGUCAUGGGCCCAUUACAGGCAGGCUCUCCUUUAAUCUCAUCAGUGCUGGGAGGAUAUCCAUUUUUACAGAUGAACAGAUCAAGCCUUUUGAGGGGUGACUUGCCUGAUGUCCCAGAGCUAGUAAAAGGUACAACCAGGCCUCAAAUAUCAGGCAUUGAAAGAAUUGGGAUUUGCACGUAGUGGCACACUCCAAAGUCUAUUCUUUGCAUGAUAUUUGCUCUGCUGUCUUCUAGAAGAUACAAAAUGAGACGAGGGCUGGAAUAGGCAAAUGUGACUUUAAUGACCUCCCUGUGGGGG